CUAGCUGGAGUCUGCCUCAAAGUUCAAUACUAGUACUUGUUUUUCCUCGUGGAAGAAACAAAUAAAUCAUCGUUUUUGUUUUGCGGAUUGACAACAAAGAGGACGACAAGGCAUUGAAUUGAAGGGAUUGAAUCUGUUAAUUUUAGUAAUAUGGGGUCAUCAUCCGUAAUAACCCCAGAAGAUGUGUUGGAGUCAUUGAUGAAUGAUGGAACCAUUGAUGCUCUCAGGUUGAAGAUUAUAAAUCAACUAAAAGCCAAUGAGGAUCUGAAGAACACAACGAUCAAAAUGGCAGAACAGAGUAAGGUCCUAAACACGUCUGGUGCGGAGAAACAGACCAAAAGAGAAUUGUUUGAUGCACUUAGGCAGGAACUUGAAACCCCAGUGCUCGAGAGGGCCUCAAAAGCAGUUUGGGAGUUGAUUCUGGACAGCAAUGGGCUAGGGAAGGAAAUAAGUGAAACAGUUGAAAGAGUAUUUUGUAAAUUAAGUGGCAGGGAACCUCCACUGUUUCCUCAUUCAAACGAUAUUGUUCUUCAGCCUGAAAAAGCAGUCGGAAACGAGAAAAGAAAAGGGAAAGAAAAAGAGUAUGAAAAUGAAAGGGAGAACUCUAAAUCCAAAUCAAAGAAACGAAGUUUCAACGACAUGAAUGCCGAGGGAAAUGCCACUGACAUCACUGGAAACUCUAGUGAUACUCCAGCUGCACUGCAUGAUGCUAAUUAAUCUCCCACAACUAGCAUGAAGAUAUGUUUGUGUGUCAACAGAGACCAUUGUCUCAGAACCUGGUGUGGUCUUUUGACUGGGAAAAAAAAUCACCCUUCAAUUUCCAGUGAUAGAACAAUACAAUAGUGCUAGGUUUAGUUCAUUUCCUUGUUAUCCCCAGGCCUGUUUCUUUUGGCUUUGCUUAUUUACUCUUGUUUUUUAGCAUCUUUUAGGCUCUUGCACAAUAGAAAUCCCCUUGACGCUCAAUUAUUUCUUGUCUUUGUUGUACUUUGAUAGAUUGCCCUCAAAAGAGACCAUUUGCACUUAGAAGCAGUCGAGUUUAUAGCUGCGAAUUUUCAAAACAGAUAUGGAGGAAGGUAUUGGCAGCUUGUGAUAGUGAAAGAAGUGUGGAAUCUUGGCAGGAUGAACUAAAUUGGGCAGUAUAUACCAGAUUUGGCAUUUGAGAAACAGGAGACUCCAUGGUGCAAACGACUUAGCAUGACGUCGUUUAACAUAGUUGUGAAGAUUCUUCUUUUUUUUUUAGAUAAAAAGACCCGAAGAUUCUUAUGAGUAAGAAUAAGGGGAUGUUUGCUUCGUGAUUUUUUGAUACAAUAUCUAAAAUUAUUCAUAA